GCAUCGCUUGUACGCUCUCGUCUUGCAAUUGCGUGCUAUUGCUUAGUAUCCUCGUCUCUUCUAUUACAAAGGCGAGGAGAGCAUUAUAAAGAGUAAACGCGUCGCUCCUAUGAUAGUCCAUCAUGCCACUUUUAUCAACAUUGACAAGCCAAAUUCUGCUACUUGUUUGUUCCUUCGCUAUCCUCUACAGCUUGAGACGACCAGUCAGCAUGACAACGCAAUCAGCCCUCAUUGUCCCCGAAGUUGGAGGACGUGUGAUUCCGACGUCAAACUGGCCCGUUCCUCAACCCGGUCCAAAACAAGUCCAACUUCGCGUUACGGUUGCCGGGCUACACCCUCACGACCAAAAAGCCCGCGACACUGGUUUUUUUAUCAAGGACAUUCUCCCAGCCAUCCUUGGAAACGAUGUCGCCGGUGUCGUCUCGGUUGUUGGGCCUGGAGUCACGAAAUUCAAGGUUGGCGACAGGGUGGUGUCGCAGUCGCGGCUCGACGGAAACUCGCAGAGAGCGCUGCAGCAGUUUGCGGUCGUAGACGAGGAUUUUGCGUCAAAAAUUCCGCACGGAUUUAGUGAUCACGAUGCAGCGAGCCUACCGACCAAUGCAGCUGCGGCGCUAAUCGCCCUCUUCGACGAGGUUGGGCUUGGUAUUCCUGCGCCGUGGAGUCCCGGCGCAGAAACCUUCAACUACACUGGAACCACAUUAUUGAUCCUGGGUGGUGGUAGCAAUUGCGGUAGAUUCGGUGUGCAAUUGGCCAAAUUGGUUGGUAUUGGAAACAUAGUGGUCGUGGGCGGCUCUGAAGACGAGUUGCACAAGUACGGCGCGAAUCACGUUCUGGAUCGGCACGGCGGUUUCGAUGCGGUUCUUGAGCGCAUACGGAACGUCGUUGGUGAUGACUUGAUAUAUGCCUUUGAUGCCAUCAACCUUCCCGCAGAACAGCAUCUCGCUGUAAGCGCGCUUUCUUCGAGUAAGAAGGGAAAGCUUGCUCGCUUGCGGUUCUCCGUUGGGGCCAUUGACGAGUCCAAGAUCAUCGGAGAGAAGAAGGCCGGGUAUGAGACGCGAAAUGUGCUUGGCUUAUCGCAUGUUAGAUUUACAACGGCAAAGCCAUUUUGGGACCGUGUCGAGGGCUAUCUAGCAGCGCAAAGCGUAGUGCCAUUGGCAUAUAAGGUUGUAAAUGGAUUGGAUGCGCAACAAGUAAACAAGUUGUUGGAUGAGUAUAGGGAUGGACAGAAGGUCGUUCAGACUCAGUUCAGAGUGUCAAAAUAGGUAGUAAAAAGAUUUCUAUACAUCA